UCGUGAUUCAGCAGUCGACUGGUGUGAACGUAGCGUGCCUUCCGUCUACCGUCUAUGUUCCGUUACUCCGAUCCUGUCCGUCCGUUUAGUGUGUGCAUUCGAUAAUAGUCACUGGUGGUGCUGCCUGUCGCUGUAUUCAGUUUUUUUUAUGUAAAAAGGCGACUUGUAAAUCUUAAUUAACCAUAACACAUUUCAUGGAAAGUGCAUCUUCGUUCUUACCGAGCCAAGUUUUUACGGCGUGUCUGUGAUAGCGAUCUGGUCGCAGUGUAACAAUUAGAGUGCUGAGGGGUGAAAAAAGUGAAGAAAUAGCAGUGACAAACCGAGUUCGUCGCUUAGUCACACGGUGCGCGGUGGAAAGAAGACAGUGCAGAGUACGCUGGUGUAAGAAGUUUUCGGGAUCAACCCAUCAUUUCAGGAGCAGUCACCAUCGCCGAACCGACGAGCUCUGCCUUUUGGAUUCGAAAGGCAUUCAACCGUGUGCAGCCAGCAAUAAUCACGUAACGACAUCGAAGGCAAAAAGGAGCGAACGUAACGUCCAGAUUAACAUUCAAGAUGCUUUUAUCGAAAACGUCAUGUUUAGCGGUAAUUCUCUGCCUUGCCGCUUUAGCCACAUCCGCGCUUUCACAAGACGAUCAGCCAAAGAGUAGUCGGAACAGUCUGCUACUGCGAAGGGGUAACGGCGGACGGCCAAAUCCACUUGCCAAAUCGACCACAACCACGCCACAACCGGAAUACUCGGAUGACGAAUACGUGGACGAAGAUGGCGAGCGGCCCGAGGGUGACGAAGGAGACGAGCCAGCUCCCGGCCGUGGGCCCAUCCUAACGACAACCACGACCACCACCGAAUCGCCAAAAAAGAUUCGGCCUACAAUCCGCCCGUUCCGAAGCAACGAGGAUCUGCUGACGGCUCUAAAAAAACGCCGCCAGGAAUCCAAGAAUCAAAAACCAGCACCACCGAAGGAAAAGGUGUACGACGAUGAAGACGUUCCGGCUCCCGCCCCAGCCAAAUCUGCCAAGGCGCCAGCAAUCGGUAAAAUUGCAGAUAAUGUUGUUUUUGCUUUAACGAAACCCGUCACGAAAGGACGCCGAUUUGGAGCGGCGGCUCGAAAGGACGUGGAUCCGAACGCGGCUCCGUCGGAGCAAAGCGAAGAAACCAACAACGGUGGCGACAAUAAUGCAGCUAAAUCCCUAACCAGCCGCCUCGGACGGUCGCGGUUCGCACUGAAACAAUAGAGCGGCAUUCUUUGCUUAGUUUCCGCUUUCCGUUGGCUCUUCUUUCUUCCUUUUUUUUUUGUUUGCAUUCCAGGAUUACGAAAUGACCUGUACUGCUGCUGUUCAACUGUGUCUCUACUCUACGUUAUUUUUUCCUAUUCUCAACUCAAUUGAGUGCAUUUGAAUGCUCGCCGUUUUCUUCUAGGGUUGAGUACAAUUUUUUUAGGUUGAACAAUAGAAUUCUAGUUAUAAUGCCGUCAAGAAAAUCAAGAACUAGUAAUAGGUGCUAAAUCACCUCAAAUAUCAACAGAACAAUAGAUUUUAUAUUUUUAUGAAUGUUCAAGACAACGAAUCACUUUUUCGACAACAUGUAAAG